CCAAUUCAAUACAGGGACAUUCCCUAAAACUCAACAAAGUACUUCUCUCUCUGUCUUUCACCUACGUAAGGGUCUUGUUGAAAAUGAGCAGCGAAGAUCAACAUAUAGAUGAAGAUUUAAUGGCGAAAGCCACCAAAGCAGCUGAGGAUCUCUACCAUUUGCGGGAUACGUAUUUCCCGGCCAACCAACAAGAGAAAAUCUCCAAGUUGCAAACUGAAGCAGAUCUUGCUCUUGAGCUCCUCAAUUGCAUUCCCUCAGCUCAAAGGAAAUCUCCUACACAACGUGCAACCUAUGAGUUUUUAAGAGGAAAAAUACUAGACGUAUUACCUGAUUACCGGAAAGAAGCAGAAGAUCAUCUUUCAAAAGCUGUUAAGUUGAAUCCAUCUCUUGCAGAUGCUUGGCUUUGCUUAGGCAAUUGCAUUUGGAAGAAGGGAGACCUUCUUUCUGCAAAGAAUUGUUUUUCUCUAGCUCUAAAGAAGGGUCCAAACAAGAAGAUACUUUGUCAGUUGUCAAUGCUUGAGAGGAGCUUGCCUCAAGGCUCUGAGAAUCAGGCAGAAGUUGUCGAACAAAGUAUUGAGCAUGCAAAGGAAGCUAUCACCUUGGAUAUCAAGGAUGGAAAUUCAUGGUAUAAUCUAGGAAAUGCAUGCCUCACAAGUUUUUUUGUCACUGGAUCAUGGGAACAUAACAAACUUGUACAGUCCUUGAAAGCUUACCAGAAUGCUGAGAAAGAUGAGCGGAUGAAAUCUAAUCCAGAUCUACAUUUCAAUUGUGCCACUGUAUAUUUCCAGGUUAACAAAUAUCUAGAAAAUUACGAGCGUGCUCUUAGUGGGUUUGAAGCUGCUGCACUGAAGGAUCCUGGCCUCAAUGCUAAUGAGGAGGUAAAGAAGAUAGUCCAUCUUCUUGACAAAAUUGAGGCUUCCUUCAAGGAACAUGCUAGGGCUAAGCGAUUUGCAUCUGUAACCUUAUCACUGCAUGGGGUAAAGUUGAACUCUUCACACAAGAAAGCCACUUUAAGUGUCCUCGAGGAAGGGUCAAACAAAGCAGUAGAGGUUGUGGGGAAAGUGCUUCUCUUGAUUAAAUAUAACAAUGUAGCUCCCUUAUACUAUUUAGCAUGCGAUUCUGAGCAGACUUGUUUCAUCCUCUCGGUGUAUGGGCUGCGUGCUGAUGUGAUCAAGGAGGGGGAUCUGCUGACACUGAUAGAACCUUACUUCCGUGAAAUUGAUUUUUAUUGGAAGGCACGGCGCUACCAAUUCAAGUCUAUUCGUGUUGAUUUCUCUGAACAAAUUCUAGUGAAUGGAAAAGCUUUGGCCUCUCAUCAGACAGUUAGGACAUCUAUAUAUGCUCAACAUAAGGCAUGAAAAUUAGCUCCAGUAGUGUUGGGAAGUUCUUUCUUUUGUUGCGCUUUUUGUUUCCCUCUUUUUCAUUUUAUCUAGGAUAUGUAAUAUCUGUAUCUAAUGGUGUUAAAAGUGAAAAUAGUUGUGUAAAAAUUUCUGUACUAAUAGGAAGUUUGGCUAAUGUUCAAAACCAAAAAAAAAAAGUGU